AUGGCUAAUGCGGAGGCACUCGACAGACGUCCUGCUGAUACGACGUCUAGUAUCAGUCCACGGGCAGAAAAGCAACGUCCGAUUCACAGAUCUGUGCGGGCACUCGAACGUAACGCCGAUGUCUUCGUGUGGUGGCCUGAUAACACACUCGUCGCAUGCUUCAACGCACAGAUCACCCCGGUCACACCAGACAUUUUACUCCGCUGGAUUGGUAUGCCGGCUGAAUCGAUUCAAGAAGGUCAGAUCGUCGUGAAGCAUGCCAGGCUAGAGCACCGGGGGAUAUUGGACUACAGCAUGCACCCGCUGGAGACGGUGGGGAAUACAACAGUCCUUUCUGCAGGUGUUUAUGGCUGCUUUAUCUCAGACCCAACUGAGAUACCCAAAGGCCUGGCCCCUAUCGAGCCUGGAAUUUACGUCAGGUCAUUCAAGGAGAUCCGAAGUGACCACGAGGGGCAUGUCAAAGCAAACCCCCUGCUGUAUGAGCCGGAUCACCUCGAGUGGUACAACUCGGAUGUCUACGACAUUGCAGACGCUCUCCGUCAGCAGGUGGAUGUACCACAUAACCAAUGUGUCUUCACCGGAUACACCAGCAAUGUUGCGGCGAGCAACGCCCCCACCCCAUCCAUCAUCACUGGUUCAUCUGGACCCACAAGCGAUGCUGCUGCCAAAUCCAUGGGCGACAAUGCCAGUGUUGCCCCGAAGACCGUGGAGCUUUACUGGAUAUUCCCCAGCAGCAUGAACGGCGAGAAUGAUACGAGGUCUAUUGAUUUGCGCAAGUGCGAGUGCUGGGAAAAUAUCUUACCCAUGUGUGUCGAUGUGCAUGAGCUGUGGUUCGCCAACGAGCUCAGUGUCGAUGUCGACGAUGGAUACCGCAUCCGCAUCUUCACCCGUGCGGCCGCCGCCGUCAUGGCAGGCUUGCCUGAGCGGCUGGAUAACCCGAAUCCUGAAUGGGCCUUUUACUUCCGCCUUCAUCUGCUGCAUACGCUCUUGCUGCGAUUCUGUGGCGGCGAUAUUUGCACCGAGUAUGGAUAUCGCACGAUGGCUGACUUGAGCGCGCGUAUAGCCGAAGCAAACGCGGUAUCGAAUCGCGAGGCUGCGAUAUGGCAAACUGAGAUGGGUAAAGAUGCGUUGGAGUUGUUGGACGCUGGAAUCCAGCGAGAUCUUGCAACUUCUGAUGACGAGGACGAGGCCUCAGACAGCGAGGAAGAGGAGGAAUGA